AUGACGCUAUUCCGCCAUCUAUAUAAAACCCCGAGGAUCACCAUCGUGCUUGACAUUAUUUCGCUACGGAGUCUCGAGAAACGACGUAUCUCCGAAAUGAUCGUCACCGGGAAUCUUAGACGCGCAACUAUCAUCUGCAUCUUGGCUAUGCUGUUCUGCUUAGGGUCUCGCGCUUCCAGUGAAUACGAAUCGAGGGAAUUGGGCUUGAACGGCGGAUCGAACGACGGCUCGUGUAUUGAAGGCAAAUGUAUCAAACGUACCAUGCAGGAUAUAGCCAGCGGCAUGUGGUUCGGACCGCGUUUAGGAAGACGACGCAGAUCGGACGAGAAACAGGAAGUGAGUCCCGAGAUAGAAAUUCUGGCGAAUGCAUUGGACGGUGUGCAUUGGACGAUUAUUACGAUUCCCGCUAACGACAAGAGACAACCGCCUCAAUUUACACCGCGUUUAGGACGAGGAUCGAACGAGAAUCUAUUCUCCUCUAGAGAUGCGUAUGAAGCUGAUGAAGAUGACCGUCGGUUAUCGCCGCUAUUCACGUCUCGCUUAGUACGUCGGUUUCCUUGGAUACCGUCGCCGAGACUUGGACGUCAAUUACGCAACGUAUUAUGAAGAUUAUAGAUAUUAUAUAAAUGAAAGACAGAUAGUCAUUAAAAGUUGAAGAACAAAGUAGACUUGCGCGAUUUUGUGUAGAUCUGACGAAACGACAA